UAAAGUAAUAUGCAUUUUAACUAUGUUUCUUAUUUUUGACUUCUAUAUGGUAAAAGUGAUGAGGAGAGCGUGGCACCGCUCACCUUUCCGGAUUGAAAGAGCAAAUAUCAAAGAAUUCAAUGACAUGCUUUUCUUUCUCCUCCGACCACAGGACUCUUCAGAGAAAAAUGGAGGGCCGCCUACGCAGAAAGAAUCUCCCGUAAAUACUACAGCGUAGACGGAGUUGGUUAUUUUUGUUUUGAACAAAGAAGUUCCGAACAAAAAAGUUCUAUUUUUAUGGAAUUUGUAAGCAAACUCGAAUAUUUGUUUCCUGUUUUGAGGAGGUUCGUCUGAGGAGCCCUGUAGUCGGAGGAGAAAGAGAAGCAUGCAACUGAAUUCAUUACUCUUUCAAGCUGGAAAGUUGAGGGGUGCCACGCCUCCUUGAUUUUUUUGUGCCAGCCUCGAACUAACAGAUAAUAUUGGGAACAUUCACCUCAAAUCUUAUUAUUUUUGUCACUUCGCGUUACCUUUUUAAGUUUUCUUUUAACAGGUUGAACUGUGCUCGACAUCUCCCACAUAAAUCACUUUUAUAACAUCAUGGUAACUACAUAUUUCCAUUAUGUAUUUUCAAACAGCUUUGAAAUUAACUCUUAUAAUUCCGCUCACAUCAUCAUCAUGGAGCAGAGCACAUUUCAACCUGGUGAUAUCUGCCUCGAAUGCCAGCAACAAGGCUUGAGAAAUCGUUUACGUACUUUUUACAUCGAUAUCAAUGAGCAAAUUGUGAAAUGUGAGAGUUCCUCCUGCAUUUAUCCUUACAUAAAUGACUUUUCGGAUUCUGAGGAAGAUGUGUCGUCUAAAGAAUUUCAAAAGAGCCCACCAAAACCCACUUCCUUGCCAUCUUCUGAUUUGUGUUCUUAUCCUAACAAUGAUUUUGAUGAGUUAGAUAGUGUCCGUUUUGUGGAAGCGCUACUUUGUAUCGAUGGGAAAAAUAAUACUGUUGAGAAAUCAGGAAUUGUUGGCAGCACCACAGAGAAUAGCGCGACACCAUUCCCCUUUCAAACUACCAGUUGCAUGUUACCCACCACAUCACAGAACCAUUCAGAAAUGUUACCUUCAGCUUAUUCAUUGAAACAUCAAAACACAUUUGAGCCGAAUUCAUUUUCUAAAGAUGCAUUGGAUAUGAAAGAGGACGUGAGUUGUAUUGACAAGCAGUUUAGUAAUUAUAAGACUGAUGCAUCCACUGCACUUCAUACCACCUCACUAACGACACAAGAAACCUCAGCAAAUUUCGAUAUGCCAGAAAUAGGUUUCGAUUUUGCCGUCAUGCCACCACCACCUGAGCAUCGUCUGCUGGACGUAAAGAAAGAAUUAAAACCAAAAAUUGAAAUACAAUGCAUACAAACUGUUAAAGCAGAAUUUACUAAUGCAAAGUUCAAUGUUGAGAAUAUGGUGACCAAUGAGUCGAAAAUUUCCAUUAGUUCUAUGGAGUUCAUUAAAACGGAAUACAUUAAGGAAGAGCCAGUAAAACCAGCUGACACAUCGGAAAACACGGUUACGUCACAAGCAAAUGCCUCAGCUGGCGGAACACGCAUAUCACGUUACUUUGAUGCUUUGCGUGUAAAACAAGAAAAGCUCCAAAAGUCACUGUCAAAACAUAGUUCAGCAGACCGUAAGAAGCGUUGUAAUGGACCUCAGCAAACAAAGUCGGACACUGCAAAUGGGAGUAGUUUGAUAAAUGUGCUGCAGGUGCUGCAAACUAAAAAUAAGAAAUGAGCAGUUUGGUUGUCGUAGGUCAGUUGAUUGAAAUAAUAGAUAUUUUUCGCUGAAUGUAGUAAAGGUUUUGAGGUAUUUACGAACGCUACAUUCAUACAAUCAUAUAUGUACAUACAUAUGUAUAUACUAUACAUGGGUAUUUGUAAAAGCACUUGUGAAUUCCCACGGUUCGUUUAUAAUUACCCACACAAAAAAAUUCCUUUAGCAAAUGAAAGGUUAUCCAUUAACACCUACUAGUGAACGGGGUGACUUUAAAAUUAUCGCGCUAAUAUUAUUUUUAAAUUUUAAAUGAACUGAUAAGCUAAAUAUACUUGUAAUUUUUUGUGUCUCUGUAAUAACACAAAUUUUUCCAUUAUCUGGCUUCUUUUUUCAUUCCAAAAAUAAAACUUGAAGCUUUAAAGACUCGCACUUCUUUUAAAUUUAAAGUCGUAUACGCCGUGGCACGCUUCCAUUGCAUGAUUGUACAACUUUUUAUUCAUUUAAUAAUUGUCGAAAGAUAAUGUAGAGGUGCGUGAAAGCGAACAAAUUUGCAUUGACGUAGAGCGAUUAACAUACAAUGUAGCGUAUUUGAUUUGGUUAAUCGCGGAGCGAUGCCAUCAAAAAUCGUGGGCACUUUGUAUGUGGCACAAUUCGCAGAAAUAUACACACCUUUAUUGACGUAACUUAUGGUCCGAUUAAAAGUCUGCAAUAUAUGUAUGUACAUAUGUACAUAUGCAUGUCAAUGUAAUAAAAAUAAACAUUUAUUGGCAUAUAUCAUGUAUGUACAUAUUUACGUACGUAUAUUAUAAAUAUGUAUGUAUUAAUGUGUGCAAAUGUUUGCGUAUUUAUUUAAUUGGUUCAAUUAUUUAAACAUCAUUUCAAUAUAUGUACAUAUGUACAUAUUAAGAAUUUUCCGAAAUUACGGUUCAACACACUCGCUAAUGAAGAUUAUUUAACAUUUGCAUGUGCUUUUGGUAAAGAUAGUUUAUUUUUCUAGAAACUACUUAAGAGUCCAAACCUCUGGCGCUUUUAAACUUUAUUGAAAUUUCGCCUGAAUAAAAAAUGUGAUUUUUUUAAAUAAAUAAACUUUUACUAAAUAUGUACA